AGGUACAAGAUUAGAAAGGUUAAAAGUUUCUGAAACAAUCUGGAACUGUUCUGGAGCAGGGAUUAAAUUAUCAGACGACGAGCAGGUGGUGCAUUACAAUAAAUUUCCAAUGAAAUAUACAAGUGGAGUGAAAUUACAGAAAUUUAUUAAUAAGCACAAGGUUUCCCAUCAGAUAUCUGGAUUGCAUUUCAAUCAGUUGGGUGAUCUUUCAUUUUAAAAUGUAUUUUCAAUCGCCGUAUCGCCCGAAGGACUUUCAUUUUGUUUUCAGUUUUAAAUUUAAGUACCUAACUCACAUAUUCCAUUAGAAUAUACUUGCUGUUUAUUAGUUAUCAAGUACUGUAAUAUCAUCUGCAACGAUUUCAUUAAGAAUAUUUCGUAGGCUAUCUUUAAAAAUUUCUUAAUCAAAAUUUUCUAAUAUUCUCUGAAAUAAAAAUGGCGAAUUUUAGAUUCUACGUUUAUCGUACUUGAAUACAAUUUUGGAAAUGUUGUAGCGUUUACAAGUGAAUAAUUAUCACUUUUUGUAUUCGAAAAGUUACUUCUUAAUCGCGACGAUUACUAAACUUUCCUUCAGUUUCUCUGUUAAGACAAAUAACUCGCGCUACUGCAACUGUUGUAGGGAUUCUUUCUUCCUUUCUUUUUCUCGCCAUUUUCUCUUGAUAAGUUCGAAGACCUUCCGUCUUAGUCGCGCGCAAGAGAAAGGAAAGUAAUUACAGAUAGGAAAUUGCUCGAAGAAAAUGAGCUUUCCAUUGGAUCCUGUGAUGGAUUGACGUUUAAAUGAGAAAUAAUUAUUUGUCGCUUAAAUGAUGAAUAAAUUUGCUCGAUUUCGACUAAACUUACGAGAUUGUUGUUAUAUUUAGAAUGCUUAGACUUUUUUGACAAUUAAUUCAGAAUUUUAACUUCGCUAUGAAACUUUUGAUUCGUCAAUUCAGACUUUUAAUACUUUUAAAAGAUUCUUUGCAGCAGUUUAGUAAUCAAUUAAGUUUAUAUUGCCUUUUAAGGAUGUCUCGAACGACAGCUCAUCCUAGUUUGUUAAUAAUCAUUAUCGAGACAAUAAAGUACGAAUAAAUGGCAGCACUUAUAAAAUAGUUGAAAUUUGAAAUAUUUUCCAACGUCAAACCACAUAGAUUAUUUGCGAACGUUGCAAUAAAUAUUUGAUCAUAAUGUGUUUGCUUGUGCUUAAAAGCUUAAAGCUUAUCAGCUUGAAAUUUUGAACGUAUACCAUUGUUAGUAUAGAUUAUGUUAAAUGAAAUAUUUCAAAAAUAAAAUCGAAUGUUGUUUUAUACUCACCGAGAACGAUGCAUCAGUCGACGAAACGGGACGAGCAUUCGAUACCGUUUCCUUUUCUUUCUCGCGUUACAACGCGACGCAUAACUCGUCGAUGAAAAACUUGAGACAUUCACAAGCUAUCGCGAGCACGACAAUUGUAUCGUGUGACCAAACAUGCAUUGGAUGCACCGAUGGUAGGGAUUUCUGUCCGGUAUAAAUGAAGUAUUCCCAUUCGAUUGUUCGUCUGUUUCGCACGACUCAACUAAGCUUGUAUCGAUUUCGGCCAACGAAACAUCGUGGAACCGCAAUGGAUCGUUUCCUGCUCUUCGUCCUGUUAUUCGUCGUUUUACGGUUUACAAUGCAAGAAGUCGUUGAAGAGGGAGGUUGCAAAUGCGCCGUGUUUUCCAGGCAAAUAUCAAAACCAAUCAUUGAACGCGCUCUUCUGUAUAACGUCACGUGCGAUAGCGAAGGGCAGGAGAAGUGUCAACAGUUGUGCGUUGCUCUGGCCGAGAGCGCGAGAGACCAAGCGCCGCAAAUGAUUUGCGAAAAAUUGAAUACGCACGUGGAGAAUCUGCACGUGGCAGUAUACGCGAAAGUGUGCGACGCGACCAGCUGGAAAUUCACUGGUUUGAAAGCUGCGGAUCCAAUUUGUUGCCACGAGGGGAAAAGUACAGCUUGCGAAGAACCACUCCCGGUGAUCGAAAGUUAAAUGAAUCCAUUGGAGAUUAUUUCGUAAUGCGUUGGUUAGUCCGUUGUGGAAUUUUAUUUAAUCAUUUGCGAAACAUUUAUUAUUUUAUCGCUAAUUAAUAAACCAGUUCGUUGUUGUAGGAUCAUACAUAAAUGUUUAAUUGUUAUUAAUCGAAUUAUGGAAAUAAAUUCGAAAGCUAGAUAUAAAUUAAAUUGAUUGGCUGUACGUAGAAAUCAAAUAGAAAUUACAUCGCGCCAUGCUUGAAACCAUUUUUCACACGUUUUAAUCUACUAUUUCAUUUCUUUGAGAUCUUUGAUUUCAAUGGACGUCAAAUAUCAAAGAGUCUUCUAAGAACAAAAUCGUCUUAAAAGCAUUAAACGCUUCCUCCAACCCACACCUUUCUCGCUUGAAUCUUGAAGAUCUUUGGAACGAUUAUACUCGUACGCAAACCGUCUUUCGAGGUAGUGCCAGAAUACAAAGUACGUCUCGCCGAUUCCAGAUAUCUUCUAUUUCGUCAAUGGUGUUCCAGGAUCUUCGUCCCAGGCCAUUGAAUAGAUGGUUUGUUAUCGCUCCCUUGACUUCCUGCCGAUGAAUCCUUCGUCGUGACUCUCUAUAUCGACCUUGCCAUCCCAGAAAGCCAUUGUGUACCCGUGGUUUUGUCGUCCUUUCUUCUCCCGAUUUAAUGACUCCACCAUUUUCACACAGUCUCUUCUGUUUGUCGUUUGCGAAUUCACUCAAUUUCACAAUCGUUUAACUCAAUUUUUCCAAAUCUUUCUCACGAACACGUUUGUCUCGUUGUUUUACGCCAUGUUUAUUAAUCGUCAAGUCCAAACUCUAGCUAUUUAUUGUUAACCAAUUCUAGCUUACUUUGUUUGAGGUUGCUUGGUUUACACGGAGCCUGAGACGCAAUGGGAACUGUUCCGGGUGUUAUAUGUUUUGUGUCCCAUCACACACUGACUUGGACUACUCCCUGAGUCCUAAGGGAGAGAGGAUAUGUCGAGAACGAGAACAGACUACUUUGUGUUGCUAGUUUGCAUGGUAUCAACAUUGUAGAACAUAACACACGCGCUUUGACUAUUUGCAUUGAGAGAGAAAGAGAGAGAGAGAGAGAGAGAGCGAGAGCAAUUUACCAAAAGUUGUUCAACGUAAUGACAUGUUGUGUAUUGAACUACUGGCGCUUAGACACGUACAUUAUAAUGCAGGCAAUUAAUAUUAGCAGCAACUUGCAGUAAUUCCGUAUUUUAUUUGGAAAGGGAAAAACUUAUAAUUCCCGAUGAAGUUUGAUUAAUAUUGUGUACACUUGGUGAAUUGUAAAGCGGUUGCCAUUCCCUCUAUUACACGUUGGUCAUUCUCGAAAUGCUGCUCGAUAUUCUAUUAAUCAGUUGUCAGGUAAUUUCCACUCAUCAAACAUCCUUAAUCAGACGAUUGGGAAUGGUACACACCGGUAAAUCUAUUCGCGAUAAUUUGCGUUUCAUAUCGUGUAUAUUCCUUCGCAUGAGUACUACCGAUCGCGCAGCGCGCGUCAUUCUACCACAAUUAAACAAAACGGAAAUUGAGGUAACUAACUGUGAAUUUCCGCUCCUAUCUUCUCCACGAGCCUUCCUGAAUAUGCGCGUGUGUGUACAUUAUGUGCUCUUUCCAUCCUUAUCAGAUUCGAAAUCAUUUCCUUUCCGUACUAACAUUAUUUUUUCACGGCGAAUACUUUUCUCUCUGUUUCUUUUCUUUUUUUUUUUUUUUUUUUUUGAAUUAACAACACUUAAAGUUUCUAGCGUAACUUUCGCAAAAUUAAACGCAUCCAAAUUCGUAGCUUUCAAAGUCAAACUCAAAUUCGACGUUUUCGAUAAUCUAAACUUUCGCACGAUAUGCUUUACGUGAUCAGACUGCGACGAGUAAUUAAGGUUGCAUCUGAAAUUGAACUAUCGUGUUUUACGAGCGUGUUACACAUCAUCAAGGUACACGUCCGCUGAAUCGCUGGAUUUCCUUCAUAAUUUCGAAAGAACAAAUAAAGACGCGUCUAUGUAAGCUAUUAGAAAGAAGACAAACUUGGCUUUUCCAUAAGAUAAAUAUCAAUCAAACGUGAAAUUCACGGCGGCUUAUCCAAUAAAGUGUGACGUAAUCGAAUGGUCGGAGUAACACCGACACGCUCCCGAUGGGUGAGCUACAUUUGCGUAAAUAAUUCUGCAGCGAUAGGAUAAUCAAUGCAAGAGGAUUACGAUCUACAUACAUCGUUAGUUUGUUACCGGGGAUAUUAGUUUCCAGGUGUUGCCGCGCGUGCGAAUGAACACAAAGGCCAUGAAACGAUAGAAAGACAACGACUUGCGAGAAUACGUGCCGCGCGAUGCAACUAUCUCAAUUUAUCAACGAAACGAGACUCGUGUAUUGGAACUUCACUUUGUUUCAGCCAGCACCUGAUUUUGAUAUAGAUGCAAGUUCGAUUCAGAAUUACAUUGUCCAAUUUCUCUAAUCGAAUGGAAGUGAAAUUUCAACCAUUUUUAAACGUCUUCGUUACUCAAUUAACAGCGAACUUAUCGCGUAUCGGAUGAAUUUCACGAAUGUAGCUUCGAUCCAGCGCUCGUUUACCUCGCCGCAAAUCGUAUUGUCAUUCCCAUUAGUUGAACAAGUAAUUUAUCUCUAUUAGCGGCGUGUCAGCCUGUGUUUAAGAUAUCGACGAUCUUACACACCGUAUUAAACCGAUUCCUAGGCUUUUGCCCUAAAUAUCAGCGCUAAUGUGCGUAAUAUAAAUAUAAGCGAAAUAUAAAUAAAAAUAA